ACAAACACUUCCAGGGGUCAGUCACCCUAUCCGCCAGCUCACGGUCAAAAUUCAGGUUCCUAUCCUAGUUCGCCGCAGCAGCAGCAACAGCAGCAGCAACAACAACAGCAGCAGCAGCAACAGCAGGCGGGACAGCAGCCCGGCGGUCCUGUGCCGGGCGGACCACCUCCUGGCGCCGGACAGCAGCCGCCGCAGCAAAACACACCGCCAACAUCUCAAUAUUCGCCGUACCCGCAACGCUAUCCCACACCGCCGGGACUGCCGGCGAGCGGACCCAACCAUCGAACUGCCUACUCGACGCACCAGUAUCCCGAACCGAAUCGACCUUGGCCAGGUGGGUCCUCGCCCAGCCCCGGUCCCGGACAUCCCUUGCCGCCCGCCUCCCCGCACCAUGUGCCGCCCCUGCAGCAGCAGCCGCCACCACCGCCACACGUCACCGCCGGCGGACCGCCGCCCAGCAGCAGUCCUGGCCAUGCGCCCAGUCCAUCACCUCAACCCUCGCAGGCGUCGCCCUCGCCGCACCAGGAGCUAAUUGGACAGAACAGCAACGACAGCUCCAGCGGCGGGGCGCACAGUGGCAUGGGCUCCGGUCCACCAGGCACCCCCAAUCCCCAACAGGUGAUGCGACCCACACCCUCGCCCACCGGCUCCUCCGGUUCGCGUUCCAUGUCCCCGGCAGUCGCCCAAAACCACCCAAUUUCGCGUCCGGCGAGCAACCAGUCUAGCAGCGGCGGACCUAUGCAACAGCCGCCGGUUGGGGCGGGUGGCCCACCGCCGAUGCCACCGCACCCGGGAAUGCCAGGAGGUCCGCCCCAGCAGCAGCAGCAAUCUCAGCAGCAACAAGCAUCGAAUUCGGCCUCGUCGGCGAGCAAUUCGCCGCAGCAAACACCGCCACCGGCACCGCCGCCAAACCAGGGCAUCAACAACAUGGCCACGCCCCCACCACCACCGCAGGGGGCGGCGGGAGGAGGCUACCCAAUGCCGCCGCACAUGCACGGCGGCUACAAGAUGGGCGGACCGGGCCAGAGUCCCGGGGCACAGGGAUAUCCGCCGCAGCAGCCACAGCAAUAUCCACCAGGCAACUACCCGCCACGCCCGCAGUAUCCGCCUGGCGCUUACGCCACCGGACCACCACCGCCGCCCACCAGCCAAGCAGGAGCAGGUGGUGCCAACAGCAUGCCUUCGGGGGCCCAGGCUGGCGGCUAUCCAGGUCGAGGCAUGCCCAACCACACUGGCCAAUAUCCGCCGUAUCAGUGGGUUCCGCCUUCGCCUCAGCAAGCCGGACCCGGCGGAGCUCCCGGCGGCGCGAUGGUGGGCAAUCAUGUGCAGGGCAAGGGCACACCGCCACCUCCGGUUGUAGGCGGACCUCCGCCACCUCAGGGCAGUGGAUCGCCUCGACCAUUGAACUAUCUGAAGCAGCAUUUACAGCACAAGGGCGGCUAUGGAGGAAGUCCGACACCGCCGCAAGGGCCGCAAGGCUACGGCAACGGGCCGACCGGAAUGCAUCCGGGCAUGCCGAUGGGACCACCCCACCACAUGGGACCUCCGCACGGACCCACAAACAUGGGUCCACCCACCAGCACGCCGCCGCAGUCUCAGAUGCUCCAGGGCGGCCAGCCCCAGGGGCAGGGACAGGGCGGCGGCGGAGGAGGAGGACCUGAAAGCGGCGGCCCCGAGCAUAUAUCGCAGGACAACGGGAUCAGCUCUUCGGGACCUACGGGUGCCGCGGGAAUGCAUGCGGUCACCGCUGUCGUAACCACCGGGCCGGAUGGAACGCCCAUGGAUGAAGUCAGUCAGCAGAGCACGCUCUCGAAUGCAUCAGCGGCAUCCGGCGAGGACCCACAAUGCACCACACCAAAGUCGCGCAAGAAUGAUCCCUAUAGCCAAAGUCACUUAGCCCCGCCGAGCACGUCGCCCCAUCCGGUUGUGAUGCACCCAGGCGGCGGUGGCCCCGGCGAGGAGUACGACAUGAGUUCACCUCCCAAUUGGCCACGUCCGGCUGGUAGCCCGCAGGUGUUCAACCAUGCUCCGGUGCCGCAGGAGCCAUUCCGCAGCACCAUCACCACGACCAAGAAGUCGGACUCGCUGUGCAAGCUGUACGAGAUGGACGACAAUCCGGACCGACGCGGCUGGCUGGACAAGCUGCGGGCGUUCAUGGAGGAGCGGCGCACUCCGAUCACCGCCUGCCCCACCAUCUCAAAACAGCCACUCGAUUUAUAUAGGUUAUAUAUUUAUGUAAAAGAACGUGGCGGAUUCGUCGAGGUGACCAAGAGCAAGACCUGGAAGGACAUUGCCGGACUUUUGGGCAUCGGUGCGAGUAGCAGUGCGGCAUACACGCUGCGAAAACACUACACCAAGAACCUACUGACCUUCGAGUGCCACUUUGACCGCGGUGACAUCGAUCCCCUGCCCAUCAUCCAGCAGGUGGAGGCGGGCAGCAAGAAGAAGACGGCCAAGGCUGCCUCGGUUCCUUCGCCAGGUUCCUCGAACUCUCAGGACUCGUUCCCUGCCCCGCCAGGCUCCGCUCCAAACGCGGCGAUCGAUGGCUAUCCCGGCUAUCCGGGAGGCAGUCCCUACCCGGGAGCCAGCGGACCGCAGCCGGAUUAUGCGGCCACGGGCCAAAUGCAACGUCCGCCUUCCCAGAACAACCCGCAGACUCCUCAUCCCGGCGCCGCCGCAGCCGCUGUUGCCGCCGGCGAUAAUAUAAGCGUGAGCAAUCCCUUCGAGGAUCCCAUUGCUGCCGCUGGCCCGGGUUCGGGAGCCGGUCCUGGCCCAGGUCCAGGUGCAGGUCCAGGUGCUGGUCCCGGUGGUGCUGGAGCUGUUGCUGCUGUAGGCGGUGGCCCACAGCCACAUCCGCCGCCCCCACAUUCACCGCACACCGCAGCCCAACAGGCGGCAGCAGCCCAACAGCAACAACAGCAGCAUCCACAGCAUCAGCAUCCUGGCCUGCCGGUGGGACCACCGCCGCCGGCACAGCAGCAACAGCAGCAGCAGCAGGGGCAGCAGCCCCAACCGCCAGUGGGCGGUGGGCCACCACCAGCACCACAGCAACAUGGGCCUGGUCAGGUGCCGCCGUCGCCUCAGCAGCAUGUGCGCCCAGCCGCCGGAGCACCUUACCCGCCGGGGGGCUCCGGCUACCCAACGCCUGUGUCUAGAACGCCAGGCUCACCGUAUCCAUCACAGCCCGGGGCUUACGGGCAGUACGGCUCGAGCGAUCAGUACAACGCCACUGGGCCACCCGGCCAGCCAUUCGGACAGGGCCCAGGACAAUAUCCGCCGCAGAACCGAAACAUGUACCCUCCCUACGGACCGGAGGGGGAAGCUCCUCCAACUGGUGCCAAUCAGUACGGCCCCUAUGGCAGCCGACCCUACAGUCAGCCACCGCCAGGUGGUCCUCAGCCGCCGGCGCAGACGGUUGCAGGCGGACCCCCGACCGGCGGAGCUCCAGGAGCACCACCCAGCAGCGCCUAUCCUACGGGCAGGCCCACCCAGCAGGACUACUAUCAACCACCACCAGAUCAAAGUCCACAGCCACGAAGGCAUCCCGAUUUCAUCAAAGACUCGCAGCCCUAUCCAGGCUACAAUGCUAGGCCUCAAAUAUAUGGUGCUUGGCAAGGCGGCACGCAGCAGUAUCGGCCACAAUACCCAACCUCGCCUGCUCCGCAAAGCUGGGGAGGUGCUCCACCACGCGGUGCUGCGCCUCCGCAGGGCGCACCUCAUGGACCGCCCAUCCAGCAGCCAGCGGGAGUGGCUCAGUGGGAUCAGCACCGCUACCCGCCGCAGCAAGGUCCUCCGCCGCCACCCCAGCAGCAGCAACAGCCUCAACAGCAACAGCAGCAGCCACCGUAUCAGCAGGUGGCUGGGCCUCCUGGACAGCAGCCGCCUCAGGCGCCGCCACAGUGGACACAGAUGAAUGCCGGUCAAGCGGCGCAGCCAGGAAUAGCACCACCCGGUUCCCCACUGCGCCCACCCUCCGGACCAGGUCAGCCGCAGAGGAUGCCCGGAAUGCCGCCACAGCAGCCACAAUCGCAACAACCGGGUGGAGUUCAACAACCACCGCCGCAACAAGCUACCCAUGGCGGCGUUCCAUCGCCAGGAUUGCCCCAAGUGGGACCUGGAGGAAUGGUCAAGCCACCGUACGCUAUGCCACCGCCACCAUCACAGGGUGUGGGUCAGCAGGUGCCACCCAGCGGCAUGAUGGCCCAAAAGCAACCGCCGAUGCCGGGCCAAGUGAUGCAGCAACAGCCUCUGCAGCAGCAGCCUCCGCCGCAUCAACACCCCCAUCCUCAUCAGCAUCCACAGCACCAGCAUCCGCAUCAGAUUCCGCCCAAUCAGACUGCACCCGGCGGUGGAUACGGACCGCCAGGAAUGCCUGGAGGCGGAGCGCAGCUGGUGAAGAAGGAACUGAUCUUCCCGCACGAUAGCGUGGAGUCCACCACACCGGUGUUAUACCGGAGAAAGCGGCUUACGAAGGCAGACGUGUGCCCGGUGGAUCCAUGGCGGAUAUUUAUGGCCAUGCGAUCCGGUCUGCUGACCGAAUGUACGUGGGCGCUAGAUGUUCUCAAUGUACUACUGUUCGACGAUUCUACGGUGCAGUUCUUUGGCAUUUCAAACCUGCCCGGCCUGCUGACUCUGCUGCUGGAACACUUUCAGAAGAAUCUCGCCGAGAUGUUCGACGAACGGGAAAACGAGGAGCCAUCCUCGCUGCUAGCGGAGGAAGCGGUGGACGACGAUGCGGACAGCGGCACUGUGAUGUGUGAAAAGCUACGAAGCAGCGGACGGCAGUCGCGAUGUGUUCGCAGCAUUAGCAGUUACAACCGCAGACGGCACUACGAGAACAUGGAUCGCAGUGGAAAGAGCGGACCCGGCAACGGCAGUGACUCCGAAGACGCCGACGAGGGCAUUGAUUUGGGACAGGUGCGAGUACAGCCCAAUCCCGAGGAGCGCUCACUGCUACUCUCCUUUACGCCCAAUUACACGAUGGUCACGCGGAAGGGUGUGCCAGUGCGCAUCCAGACCGCCGAUCACGACAUCUUCGUGGACGAGCGCCAGAAGGCGUGGGACAUAGACACUAACCGCCUGUACGAACAGCUGGAACCCGUGGGCAGCGACGCCUGGACGUACGGAUUUACCGAACCAGAUCCCCUCGACGGCAUAAUCGACGUCUUCAAGUCUGAGAUUGUAAACAUUCCAUUUGCACGCUACGUCCGCUCUGAAAAGAAGGCGAAAACGCGGACGGAAGUGGCGACCACGGCCAGAAAGCCGGAAAUAAAGCAGGAGGAAAACAGUUCGGAGGAACAGGCGUUCAACAAGAAGAGGCGACUGGUAAGCGGCGGUAGCAGUAGCAGUGGACCUACUGCUGAGGGCAAGAAGUCAAAGCUGGCGAGUGAGGAAUUCGCCCAACCAAUCGCGGAAGUCAAAAAGGAGCCUGGAACGGCUGACAGCGAUUGUCGCCCUGUUGACAUGGAUAUCGAAGCGCCCCAGCAACGUUUGACCAACGGCGUGGCACCCUGCUCCUCGAAUCCCGAAACCUUUGAUCCCCGGACGACAGCCAAAGAUGUGGCGCGUGUGCUGCAGCGGAGGCGUGACUCCAGCUUUGAGGAUGAGUGCUACACACGCGACGAGGCGUCCCUGCACCUGGUCAACGAGAGCCAAGACUCAUUGGCGCGCCGCUGUAUCGCCCUUUCUAACAUCUUCCGCAACCUGACGUUCGUACCCGGCAACGAGACGGUGCUGGCCAAGUCCACCAGGUUCUUGGCGGUGCUUGGCCGACUGCUCCUACUAAACCACGAGCACCUGCGUCGCACGCCCAAGACACGGAACUACGAUCGCGAGGAGGACACGGACUUCAGUGACUCGUGCAGCUCGCUGCAAGGAGAGCGUGAAUGGUGGUGGGACUACUUGGUCACCAUUCGGGAGAAUAUGCUGGUCGCCAUGGCCAACAUUGCCGGUCACUUGGAGUUGUCGCGCUACGAUGAGCUCAUCGCCCGCCCCCUGAUUGACGGUCUGCUGCACUGGGCCGUAUGUCCGAGUGCCCAUGGCCAGGAUCCGUUCCCGUCGUGUGGACCCAAUACGGCGCUCUCUCCGCAGCGCCUGGCGCUCGAAGCGCUCUGCAAGCUGUGCGUGACGGAUGCCAACGUGGAUCUGGUGAUUGCUACUCCCCCAUUCUCGCGGCUCGAGAAGCUGUGCGCCGUUCUCACCCGACAUCUGUGCCGUAACGAGGAUCAGGUGCUGCGAGAGUUCUCCGUAAAUCUGCUGCACUACCUUGCCGCCGCCGACAGCGCCAUGGCUCGCACUGUGGCGCUUCAGUCACCGUGCAUCUCCUAUCUGGUUGCCUUCAUCGAACAGGCUGAGCAAACGGCGCUGGGCGUGGCGAACCAGCAUGGCAUCAACUACCUGCGCGAGAAUCCAGACUCGAUGGGCACCAGCCUGGACAUGCUGCGACGAGCAGCUGGAACCCUGCUCCAUCUGGCCAAGCACCCAGACAACCGGUCCCUGUUCAUGCAGCAGGAACAGCGGCUGCUUGGUCUGGUCAUGUCGCACAUCCUGGAUCAGCAGGUGGCUUUGAUUAUUUCCCGGGUACUCUACCAAGUGUCGCGAGGAACUGGACCCAUACACUCUGUGGAGUUCCGCCUGCUGCAGCAGCGACAGCAACAACAGCUGCGUCCUGGAGCAGCGGAGAAGCAAGCUGCCAGUGCAGCAGCAGCAGCAGUAGUCAAGGCGGAGUCAGCGUCGUCGGAAACGAGUUCCACUGAAGCAAAGCCUGCAGCUUCAACAUCCACAACAGCAGUGGUGAAUGAUGAGAACAGCAACAGCAGCCAGCAGUUGCCGCCGGCAGCGACGUUUAACGACGUGAGCAACAGCAGCACCAAUAGCAACAGCUGCGGAACGGCCAGCAGCAACCAGACGAACAACAGCACCACCAACAGCAGCCACAGCAGCAGUGCAAUCAGCAGCCAAUCGACGCUCACAGUGGCAGCCACAUCGGUCGGAGCACCGGGAGCAACAUCCGCGGCAGCAGCAGCAGCAGCAAUGGUCAACGAUCAGCAGCAGCAGGUGAGCAAGGUGGCUGCAGCGGCAGCCGCAGCUGCGGCUCUGAGCAAUGCCAGUGCAGCGGCAGCAGCAGCUGCGGCGGCGGCUGCAGCGGCUUCCGUUGCCCCACCCUCGUCGUCGUCUUCGAAUGUGUCCGCCGGAGCGGCGGUGGCACAGCCAGCGGCACCGCCGCCAACCAAUGCAGGAACAACGACAGCCGUUGCGUAGUAUACGACAAUGAUGCCAGCAUCCUACUACUGGCCACGAACCCCCCGAGGGGCAGUCGACUAAGCUGGAGUUGGAAAUGGAUGUGGAGGAACAGCGGACUUGGGAGCAACUCCGAGGUGCAAGAUGAUGAUCGGGGAGGAGAUCCCUGGAGUCAGUGUAGAGAAGGCAUGUAAAUUUACUUAAAUGGCGCCUGGGAGAGGGAGUCCUUGGAGCUCAAGGAUACGUAAACGGGAACUCAGCAGCAGCAGGAAUGUCUCUGCGAUGGAUUUGGCUCACCUAUAUCCAUCACUGUAACAGUCAAUACAAUAACAACUGUAUAUUUUUUCACUCAAAUCUAAAAAUAGUAAAUAUGAUAACUAAACCCUAAGCGUUAAGCAAUUGCAGCAGCAAAAUAAUGAUAAUACGAAAUGAAAACUGUUGUUUAGGGCGAAAGCUAGAACAGAACAACUGAGACAUCCUAUCGGAGGAUUAUUAUUGAGACGACGAACAUGAUGCGGAAGUUAUAACGAUGGGAAGAUCGAAAUUCAAGCACACAGCAUACUUAUUGUAUUAAAUUUAAUAAAAAACGACGAAGGGACGAGAAAGGAGGAAUAACUAACACAUACAUAUGCAUACGCACGCUAUGGUUUAUCGUAUAUUAAAUAUAUAUAUAAAUAAAUGCAUAAAUUAACAUUAAAUUACAUGAGAAUGAAUUGUGUAUGUAAAAGGGAUGAAUGCAUACAUACGUACAUCUAGACAUUGAUAUAAAUAUAUAGAGAAUAGUUUUUAAAUUCUACCACUUACUAAUACCUACAUAUUACCACAAUGUGCAGCAUUGGAACUCAUAAACUGAACAAACUGAACAGUAGAAAGCAUACGGAAAUAUCUAAAACCCAAGCCCCAUAUAAUAUGACCUAUUGUACUGCAGUUUAAUGGAUUUUAUGUGGACUAGGGCAACGCAGAAGAUUUAACGAAAGGAGACGAUGAUGAUUAAAACAAUUGUACAUACUUAACUAUUAUGUAAAUUUCACUGUAUUUUUGUUUUUUACGCAAUGUUAGAAGGCACAUGUAAGUGGCAGCACUGCAUUUCGUAUUAUGUUUGUGUGUAUGUUGUGUGGAUGGUCUGCGAAAAUUCCAAUUUCUUAGUUUUAAUCGCAUAACUCGGAGGCGAAGUAAAACGAAACAAGCAUACAAAUGAAAAAUUUAAAUUAAAAUCAAAUUAGGUGAUAUAAAUAUAUAAAUAUGCAUAACAUAUACAUACAUACUGAACAUAACAAAUUGAUAAAUUGAACACCCUAAUGCUGUAAUUUUAUGUUAACUGUAUUAUUUGCUGGAAGUGCUGCUGCUUCAUUUUAUUUUAUAUCGAACUUACUUAAGGCCUAAAUGACAAGAUAAAUAAUUAGGUUUUUAUCUUAAUCUUAAUUUAAAAUAUUAAAUAAAUAAAACCAAGAAAACAAACAAAACAAAACACAACCAUAAAAUGCUAUAAAACACAAAGCGAAGCAAAUCGAACUAAAGCUGUAGAGAAGCACGCAAAUAC